UUUUUAUUUUUAAAAUAUAACUAUUUAUUUAUUUUCAUCAAAAUGCCAUUCCCAAAAAAGAAUACAAGUGUUCCUGUUCAUUUGGAUCAACAUUCACCUAUAGAAACUAGCUCUAAUCAACAACAACAACCUGCUGAAAAUAAUAUUAAUUCCCCUUUACCAAAUUUAAAUAAUUCAAGUUUUUUAAAUAAUACACAAACAACGCCUAAUAAUCCACAACAAUUGGGGCCUAUUCGGACUACCUAUAUUAAUCAGCAAGAAUUUGAUCAACUUUUUCAAUUUAUUCCACCAAAAAGGUUUAGUUGGCAAUUGUUCACUCGAAAAUUUUUUUCUGAUUAUUUUCAAUGUUUUUGCUCAUUUUCUGAUUUAUUCCACUUUUUUCUUUCUUUUCUUCCAAUAUUUGGUUGGUUACCUUCUUACAAUUUUAAAGAAAAUUUGGCUGGGGAUUUUAUUGCUGGUAUUACUGUUGGUGUUGUCCACGUUCCACAAGCCAUUGCUUAUGCAAUAUUGGCAGGGUUAGAACCAGUUUAUGGCCUUUACACUUCUUUCUUUUCUGUUUUGUUUUAUGCUAUUUUUGGUACUUCAAGACACGUUUCUAUUGGCCCCUUUGCUAUAUUAGCUUUAAUGACUGGAAUUUCCUGUAGAGAUAUUUAUGCUCAAUUUGAUAAAGAAUUUUUUGAAGCAGAAAUAAAAUUAUUAGACGAUGCUAGUCAUAAUAAAAUUGGAGAAGAAAAUAAUUUUUUAACUUUGACAAAUAUGACAAAAUUAAUUCCGAGAGUUGAAGUUGGAUAUAGUGAAUUAGUUCAGGUAGUAGAGUUUUGAAU